GGAUCAAGGAAGCAGUGGAGGGUAUAUUUACAUCAGCAAAGAAGAUAUGGAUCUUAAUGUACUUUUAAGGCAAACCAUGUGAGGGAUACGCUCACCUCAGUGGCCUCAUUAGUGGCACUGUGACAAAAGACAUGGGUCGUCACACGGUGGGUGAUCUGCAAGUGACCCUGAUUAUAUUUUUAAACAGGAGAAACAUAUGAGAAGUUUGUCUGAUGGAAAUGUAAACCAAGAGGAGCUGUGUGUGAAGUGUUCUUACUGAGAUCGGACUGUUUCACUGACCUAGUACCUGAGGGUGAGGGUGAGGGUGAGGGGCACCAUGAUCUCCACAACUCUCCGCUGGCUGGUCCUGGUGUCCUUUAUAAUUCUCACCAUUGGAGGAAAUGUGCUGGUGUGUUUGGCUGUGGGGCUCAGCCGUCGACUGUGGCGCAUAGCUAACUGCUUGGUGGUUUCACUGGCGGUGACAGAUCUCUUGCUAGGCCUGCUGGUGCUGCCCUUUUCUGCCAGUGUGGAGCUUCGCAGCGGAAAAUGGCCCCUAGGAGGAGUCGUAUGUAACAUCUACAUCUCACUGGAUGUCAUGCUGUGUACAUCCUCUAUCUUGACCCUGUUGGCCAUCAGCGUAGACCGAUACCUGGCUAUUUCCAAUCCCCUCAGCUACCCCCGGAGAGUUACCCCCAGAAGGAUGACCCUGGCCACAGCUGCCAUCUGGGCCUUGUCACUGGCCGUGUCCUUCGUGCCCAUCCACCUGGGCUGGAACACAGCUGACUACAUGGUGCAACACUUGGAUUGGAGUAUGGGAGAUGAGGACAAGGAAGGACGCUACUGCAAAUUCGAAUGGAGUAACAACUAUGUUCUUUUUUAUGUUUCUCUUUCAUUUUACCUGCCUCUAAUAGUCAUGUGUGGAAUGUAUCUCUGCAUAUUCAGAGUGGCACGAGAACAGGCUCGUCGUAUUCGAGCGGCCACUCCAUCCUUUGCGCGUACGCCAUCAUCAGCAGCCAUAGCCCGGGAGCACAAGGCUACGAUGACUCUGGCCGCUGUACUAGGGGCCUUUAUCAUCUGCUGGUUCCCCUACUUCACCUUCUUCACCUGCAUGGGAAUAAGAGGAAAAACCAACCCCCCUAAUACAGUUCAUUCAGUGGUCCUGUGGCUGGGCUAUUUUAACUCGGCGCUCAACCCCAUCCUGUAUCCGGCCUUCAACAGGGACUUCCGUAGGGCCUAUGGGGAGCUGCUUCGCUGCAGAAGGCCGUCACGCAGGAAACAGCAGCUUGCUUAUAUAUCUGUGCACAAACCACUGGCCCAAAGUAACGGAUCAAGAGUUUUGCAUCAGACAAAUGAACAUAAUGAUGUUGUUAAUAAAGAAACUGAUGAGAAAAGUCUCCCUCCAUAUGAUAGAAAUGGUGUCCAUGAUAAGCCAAGGUGAAACAUAUGUGGAACUUUAACUAAUAAGAGCGACCAAUAGAAAGAGAGAAUACCGCCAAAACAUUUUCAUUUUCAAUGUAAAACUGUGAUGUAUAGAUAUUUUUGUAUUUAGGCUUUCAGUUUUUAACCCAUAAAGACCCAAACAACCACCAGUGACCAAAAGCAUCUAUUAAUUUAAACUGUUUAAUACCUGUUGAUCCACUAAUC